GAGGAUUUGGUCAGCAAGGGGAGAGAAGGUAUUGGUCAGCCAGGGGAGAGAAGGUAUUGGUCACCAGGGGAAAGGAGGUAUUGAUCACCCAGGGGAGAGGAGGUAUUGGUCAGCCAAGGGAGAGGAGGUAUUGGUCACCCAGGGGAGAGGAGGUAUUCGUCAUCAAGGGGAGAGGAGUUAUUGGUCACCCAGGGAGAGGAGGUAUUGGUCAUCCAGGUGAGAGCAGAUAUUGGUCAUUCGAAGAGAGGAGGUAUUGGUCAGCCAGGGGACAGAGGUAUUGGUUCAUCCGGGGGGAGGAGGUAUUGGUCAACCAGGGGAGAGGAAGUAUUGGUCAACCAGGGGAGAGGAAGUAUUGGUCAACCAGGGGAGAGGAGGUAUUGGUCAACCAGGGGAGAGGGAGUAUUGGUCAACAAGGGGAGAGGAGGUAUUGGUCAACCAGGAAACAGGAGGUAUUGGUCAUCCAGGGGACAGGAGGAGAAUUAAUGACCCAGGAGAGAGAUACAUUCUAUGAGAUGUCAUCAUUUGGAGAGAGUAAAGCUAUGGAGUUAGCCAAGGAGCAGGGAAGAGGAUAUGUGGAGCACAACAAGUUUCAACUUAGUCGUACAUAUCCGGGUGGUAUGAGAACUAAUUCAAGUAAUUACAUGCCAUAUCCAUUGUGGAAUGCUGGAUGCCAAAUUGUUGCUUUGAACUAUCAGACUGCUGGUGAUGAAAUGGACAUCAAUCUUGGUAAAUUCCGACAGAAUGGCAAUAGUGGUUACAUAUUGAAACCAGUGUUUAUGAGAAAAGAAAGUUCACAUUUUGAUCCAGAGAAGCCAGGGGAGAAAAUGAAACAGAAACUGAAAAUACAGGUGAUCAGUGGCCAGCAGUUGCCGAAACCACCAGGAAGUAAAGAAAUCAUUGAUCCCUAUGUGAAGAUUAACACAUUUGGAGUGCCCAGCGAUUGCUUUGAUGUCAAAACUAAAGUUAUUGAUAAUAACG